AUGAACGUCUCCUCCCUCGAGCGAUGGGCUAGCCUGAAAGCCAACAGGUUUCUUAACGGCAUGGAAGUUGUCUUCUGGGCCGUGGUAGCCUACAUGAGCAUCCAGGGCAUCACACAACAGACCUGCGUGGGCGUCAGCUGCGUCAUCGGCUGGGUCGUCGUCGUCAUGAGUAUCCUCUUUAGCAUCGUCGCCGAGUACGCCACCAUCAUAGCCUGGUUCGACUUUCGCGACUUCAAAGCCGACGGCGUCCGCCGUGGAUCCAUGAAGCAGACCGCUCUCGGCAGUGACAACGAGGCCGGUGAGUUGACUGAGAGGAUCGAGAUUCAGCAGCGGAUCAAGCCGCAGAUUUCCCCUGCUCUUCGUCCCGCCGUCUCCCCCAAGCAUUUUGACAACAGCCCGCAGAGCAGUCAGUACGACGCGCCACCUUACAGCCAACGCUAUGCUACGCAGUACCAGCAGCAGUACCCUCAAUAA